UCUCUUUCUUCCAAUCAAAUCAUAGGAAGGAAAAAAAAAGUGUGACUCUCUCUCUCUCUCCCUUAGGGUUUAUUUUGGAACAACUAGUGAGAGUUCAAUUUCAAUGAAGAAUCUGUAGAUGGACUUCAAUGUCAGGUCCUCCCUGCUAGAUCCGUCUGUCACUAUCUGUGUUUCAUCUGUGCAUUCUAAGUUGGUGGAGAUAUGAGGUGCUUUUAGUACAUGUGUACAUGAAUGCAAUGAAAUUCUGACAAGAUUUUCUUCAAUUGGGUCUUGGGAAUGUCACAGCAGAGACUAAAAUGAGCCAGACUGAAGUAUCGGGAAUGAAAGCUCCUCUUGUUCCACUUGCGACUCUGAUCGGUCGUGAGCUUAGGAGUGAGAAGAUUGAGAAACCUUAUUUGAAGUAUGGGCAGGCUGCUGUGGCAAAGAAAGGAGAGGAUUGCUUUCUUAUAAAAACAGAUUGCCAGAGGACUCAUUCGAAUCCGUCAACAUCAUUCUCUGUCUUUGCGAUUUUUGACGGGCAUAAUGGUAUAUCUGCUGCUAUUUUUGCAAAGGAGAAUUUAUUGGCUAAUGUUUUGAGUGCCAUUCCUCAAGGAAUAAGUAGGGAUGAAUGGCUUCAUGCCCUUCCUCGGGCGCUGGUUGCAGGUUUUGUGAAAACUGAUAUAGAAUUUCAGCAGAAAGGGGAAACUUCUGGUACAACUGUGACAUUUGUUGUGAUUGACGGUUGGACUGUGACUGUCGCAUCUGUUGGGGAUUCUAGAUGCAUACUGGACACCCAGGGUGGCGUUGUUUCACUCUUGACUGUUGAUCACAGGCUGGAAGAGAAUGAAGAAGAGAGGGCGCGUGUCACCGCCAGUGGUGGUGAAGUAGGGAGGCUCAAUGUUUUCGGGGGCAGUGAGGUUGGUCCCCUCCGCUGCUGGCCUGGUGGAUUAUGCCUUUCUAGGUCAAUUGGUGACACGGAUGUGGGAGAAUUUAUCGUUCCAAUACCCCAUGUCAAGCAAGUGAAGCUUUCAAAUGCUGGUGGAAGACUUAUAAUAGCUUCUGAUGGCAUCUGGGAUGCUUUGUCUUCUGAUUUGGCUGCCAAGUCUUGUCGGGGAUUGCCUGCAGAGCUUGCUGCAAAGCUGGUCGUUAAGGAGGCUCUGAGGUCAAGGGGUCUCAAGGAUGAUACAACCUGCCUAGUUGUUGACAUAAUCCCUUCAGACCACCCUGUCUUGCCUCCAACACCAAUGAAGAAACAAAACAUCCUUGCUUCACUUAUCUUUGGGAAGAAAACUCGGAAUUCUGUGAACAAAAGAAAUAAGCUUUCUUCUGUUGGAGUUGUGGAGGAGUUGUUUGAAGAAGGUUCAGCAAUGCUCGCUGAAAGGUUGGGUAAGGAUUCUACUCUGGAUGCAAAUUCUGGUCUUUUCCGAUGUGCAGUCUGCCAAGUGGAUCAGCCUCCAGUAGAAGGUUUAUCAGUAAAUUCUGGGCCUUUUUUCUCUCCAGCAUCAAAGCCAUGGGAAGGUCUCUUUCUUUGUGCCAAGUGUCGGAACAAGAAAGACGCCAUGGAAGGAAAAAGACUGAGCACGCCCACAGUGAUAUUGUAGUAAUUUAACUGAUUGCAUAUUCUGUUGUAUUUUUUCUCUGGCAGUGUGAGCAUAUGCUUGGUUUUCCUUUUUCAGGUGGUGACUAUUAUAGAUGUGUGUAAGAAAUGAAGUUGAGGUAUGCAGAGUAAGUAGGUGUUUUGCAGUUUCAAAAGUUUGUGUCGGUUCUGGUUUGUGCUCAGCUGUUGGACUGACUGACUGAGGGCAGAGGUGUUAUCAUCACUAACAGCUUUAAUUUGUAAGUAAAUCGAAGGUUUGCGUAAUACUUUUGGUGUAGCUGUUCACUUGAGUUAAGUUGGAAAUUAGCAACAGCACGCGAUCUAACUCUAACCCAUUGGUGUUCGCUCUAUUUUAUUUUGUUAGAACAAUUGAAUAUAUAAUCUAUUUAUUUUGCAAUUGUCUGCGAAA